AUGGACGGCGAUGUUUUUGCUAAGAAUAUCAGACGGUAUAUUUUAAGAGGUAGUGAAGAUGCUGAUAUGGAUGAUGAUAAUGAUACUGUUAUUGAUGUGAAUAUGGAUGUUGAUAUUGAUAUCGAUAGUUUUGAAAUAACCAAAUUCGACUACAGGAAGAUUUUCAACAAAGGUGUGAAUCAAAAUGUCACUUAUACGGAAAUGAUGUUUAAAUUUUUUAGUAUUAAAAAAGAGUCAUAUAUCGAUGAGGCUCUUCGAAGGUUUAAAGGAAAUUUCAAUCCGAAUGAAUGGAAAGAAUUAUUCAUAUUCUUUUGUGUUAUGCCGUUUACCGACUAUGAAUUUCAGGGUGAUGAUGGAAAAUUACUAAAUCCUUUUACUCUUCAUAGAACUAGUACGAGCGAGGCAACAGAAAACAAUCUAAUUGGGACUUUUUCAGAGAUUGAAUUUGAAUCAGUUAAGCAGAUAAUUCCGGAANGCAGACUUGCAGCCAAUUUGCAGACUAUAUUGAAAACAGAUAUAUUAUCGAAGGCUUUUAAUGAAGAUGAAAGUAAAACAAUACUCACAAAAUUACUUGGAGUUUGCUUUAAACAAGACUACAAACUUGUUAAACAUAUUCGAUCAAAUGCAGAAUUCACAUAUAGAGAUNAUUUUACGAACUAUUUAUUCAAACCCAUAUGCGCAUAUGUUGCAGCUUUAUUGGCNUUUGAAAUUGAANUUGAAGAGAAUAAUGCUAUCGGUCAGACUGGAGUUCAUACUAUGGUACCACACCAAUCCAAAGAUUUAUUCUACUCUUAUCCCGAUAUGGUAGCGNAUGCUGAAAAAGUACAUUAUCAGUCGCUAGCUUUAGUNGAGGUCAAAAAAUUACCGAUUUUAAUCUCUAGAAAAAUAUUGGACGUUACAGAUGUAAAAAUGAAGAAAUUCAUCAAGCAAGUUGUGGCAGAAAUGUUUUCCAAUCAUACAAAUAAAGGCAUGCUAACAGAUUCAUANACAACAAUACUAAUUGAAAUCGAUAUCGAGAGGUCCUUGGANAUAAUCGAUCAGAAUGCGGAAUGGAAUGAUGGCAAGCCAGUUNCUCUAAAUUAUAAAGUCCUAGAUUGUCAUUCAUCAGGCCUUACUUUAAGGGGUGGUCUCAUUUCAUACAUAUAUGAAGCUUUCGCUGUAAGUGAGGCCCGACUAGAAGAAAUUAAGAGAGGAUUGGAUACGAUCUAUAGGUUUAUUCGCAAGACAAAUGAAGAGUAUUUGACAUAUUUGGAUGAAAUAGCAUUAAAGCAUGAGAUGCCGUUUAGGGAUUAUUGUAUUAAUGCAAUUGAAUAUCAUCCAGUAGAAAAUAGAAGACGGCAUAUUUCUGCUAUUGAAAUUGCACUCGGAAGUUUUGACAAAAUUGACGUUCAAUGUGGAUUUACGUUCAAUUCUCAACUUUUUAAGGUGAACAGGGAAGAUGUGGAGGCUUUUUUUAUCAAGCCUAUCGAUGGUGACGACCAAUUCAUUGUGAAGGUCUUCGACCCCAUCAAAGCGAAAAGGGAUCAUAAGCAUUAUAGGGCUGAACGAACAGAUGCCUACAACACAUGCCGGAAGGCCUAUCUGUGCGAGAAACUGGCAUAUGAGAUUUUAUCAGGGGAGGGAUUGUUCAAUAACGUUUAUGUCGACCAAAAAUAUGUAUUUGGUAAAUUCAAUAUAGGUGAACAUUACCAUGCGCUAGGGCCAUUCAUCAUAUUAAAAUAUAUAGAGCCCGAAACAGGAGAAUAUAAUCGAUUGCCAAAAGAUAGAAGGACAUAUGAGAAAGCUGAAGAGCAAUUGAAAAUCAUUCACAGUUGUAGAAUACUUCAUGGAGAUAUUUGUGAACGGAAUAUUCUUUAUUCACAAGACAAGAUCUAUUUUAUUGAUUUUGGGUAUUCAGAUUAUAAUAUUGUUGAAAAAGGUUCCCGACCAGUAACUGCUGAUCCAAGGAGUACGAAUAGUGAACACCGAAAAUUAUGUCGAGUGUUUAAUCAGGAAAUUCCACAGCAAUACGAAGACCCUCAUGAAUAA